CCCUGGCCGCCGCUCCCUUCACGCCCCUGGGCACAGGCAGGUGCAGCCCUUGCCGCGCCGGCCACCGUCCCGCAGACACCCUGGCCUCGCCCCCUGCAACCCGAGGUCCUCCGUGCCGCCCGGAGGGGACAGAGAGGAGCUGGGGGGGCGGCCCGGGACGCACCGCCCGGCCCUCGGCGGCCCAACCCCCCAUUCACUGAGCCGCUGCCGUGACUCGCUGCCCAGUGACGUGGGGCGGCCCAACUUUACGUAACCCACCCGGCGCCCCACAGGGUGUCCACACAGGGUACACCUGGGGCGCGGAGGCCCAGGCGUGGGGGUUGCUCUAAUCAUGGUGCCCCCUCAAAUGAGCGCUGUGGCUGCAGCCCACCCCCACCGUGCCCAUCUCUGUAACUUAGUUACCCAGUGUGUGGACGCGGCCUGUCCGCUGACCCAGGCCCUUUGUGACCAAGGACUUAAAAGCAGUUAGUACCCUGGGCUCAAGUUGGGGCUAGGGGCUCAGAGGGCAAGGGCAGGGCUCAAGCUGGGCUCCCUGUGGGUUGGGAGACCCCCACGUCUGGAAUAAGGUAAAACAGGAAGGCAGGAUUUUAGGGUUUUAGGCCUGGCUCUACCAUGACUUGCUGACUGAUCUUGGACAAGCUUGUCCCUUGCUGGAAAAUGGGAUGGCAGUACCUGCUUCAUCUAGUAGUUGAUGAGGAAGUUGAAGCUCAGAGAAGGAAAGUGAUAUACCCGCGUCUGCAGAACUAGGGGAUUUGAUCGCAGUGCUGGAAGCAGGCAGGUGGUCGGCUGCCGAGUCCAUGGCGUGAGUCCUGGAGACACCCCUCCGACAGAAUGCCGUGGGACACCGGGCGGCCCGGGGGCAGCGCGGACGGCGGGCCCGAGGGCGCGGGCACGGCGCGCUCGCGGGCGCAGAAGCAGUGCCGCAAGUCGUCGUUCGCCUUCUACCAAGCGGUUCGCGACCUGCAGCCCGUGUGGCAGCUCGAGAACAUGCGCGCCAGCGAGGCCUUCCACUGGGACGAGCGCGGGCGCGCCACCGCCUACUCGCCGUCGGAGGCGCUGCUCUACGCGCUCGUGCACGACCACAAGGCCUACGCACACUACCUGCUGGCCACGUUCCCGCGACGCGCACUUGCGCUGCCAAGCACGGGCUUCCGUUGCUGUGCAGAGGCAGGACUGCAUGUGGCCCUGGCUGUGCGCUACAACCGCGUGGGCAUCCUGCGCCGCAUCCUGUGCACCGUGCGCGACUUCCCAUCUGAGGAGCGCACACGCCUGCUUGACCGGUGCGGCUGCAGCCGCGUGGAAGGCGGCGGUACGUCAUUGCAUGUGGCCUGCGAGCUGGCGCGCCCCGAGUGCCUCUUCCUGCUGCUCGGCCACGGUGCCUCACCCUGCCUGCGCGAUGGCGGCGGCCUCACGCCGCUGGAGCUGCUGCUGCGCCAGUUGGGCCGUGACACCGGAGCUACCUCUGCUGCUGGGGAGCCUGUGCCGGGGGAGCCACGCCAGCGCCGCCUGCUGCUGCUCGACCUGCUGGCACUGUACACGCCCGCGGGCGCCACUGGCCCGGCCCGCUGUGAGCUGCUGGGCGACCAGCCGCGUUGGCAGCGGCUCCUGGGUGAUGACAAGUUCCACUGGCUGGCGGGCCUGGCGCCACCCUCACUCUUCAUGCGUGCCAUGCAGGUGCUGGUCACCGCCAUCUCGCCCAGCCGCUUCCCCGAGGCCCUGGACGAGCUGCCGCUGCCGCCCUUUCUACAGCCACUGGACCUCACGGGCAAGGGCUAGCCCGCUGGGAACCCUGGGCACCGGAUUUUUGGAGAAUACUAUUUUUCAGAGCGUUGUACAGCACUUUACAUAUAUUGAUCUCUGUACAGCA